AUGGCAGACACUAGACCAGCUGAAAAAGAUGAACAGCAGAAACAAAACACGCCACGCAAGGUGAUGGAAGAGCGUGUCAAAGGCGUGGUUAAGUGGUUCAAUGUGAAGGCUGGAUAUGGCUUCAUCAACCGUCAGGACACAUCCACGGACAUAUUUGUGCACCAAUCGGCGAUUUCACGUAACAAUCCAGAAAAGCUUCAGCGUUCACUCCAGGAGGGGGAAGAGGUGGAGUUUUAUGUUGUUGAGGGAGACAAGGGCGACGAAGCAUCCGAAGUGACAGGCCCUGGGGGUGAACCUGUUAAAGGCAGUGUGUACGCAGCUUUGCGUGGACGUGGACGCAGCCCACGAGUGUUUAACAUGCGUGGGAGAGGUCGUGGGAUGGGACCUGGUGGAUUCUCUAGCAAUCAAGACUUUGUGCCUUACUACGGUCCUCGGGGUCGAGGCCGCGGCCGUGGUGGCUCAGAAAUGUAUGGAGGUGGUUACGAAUUUAUGGAUCGUGGUGGGAGAGGCCGCGGGUUCCGUGGACGUGGAAGACCUCGUGGUCGUGGGUUUAGGGGAUCCGGUGGGUUCGAAUCUCGGGGUCGCAGUGGUCCUCGUGGAGGAAGAGAUAAUUAUCAUAACGAGGAUGGCUCACCGGAUAUGCGAGACGCUUAAAAUCCUCUGGUCAAAUACUGAGAAAUGUCAUUUUAGAAAUCUAUGUAUUCUGUCAGCAUUCAUAUAUGCAUGUCUACGUUUCAACUCAAUUGUUUAAUCAUCCAACUUGCAGCACAUUGGAUUGUCACUUGUCUUUAUGGUAUUUCGGAUGUACACCAACUUUUUCCCUUCCUCAGUUUCGACGUCUAACUGGUCAAACUUGAGUGUCCAAUUUUUGAAUCCAGAGUUCCUGUGGGUAUAUUCAACAUGUUUCAUUCGAUCUUACAGCCUUAGCUUUCUGCGCUUUUCGAUGCAUUUCUUGCCUAUCAGGGCUUUCCAUCUGAACUUGAUUACUUUUCUAUUGUUUCAUAUCUACUUACUUCCGUCUGCCAAUGCUUGAAGGUUCAGACCAUUUGAGAAAGUCAGAGAUCUGACUCGUCAGCCAUUGGUGAUUAUACUUUUCUGUAGAAUGUGCAUUCUUCUGUCAUCUUGUGUGGAUAUCUGGUGCUGUAUGGUUUGACUUUUUUCGUAAUCAAAUAUGCAUUUUGAUACUUGAUAAAAUUUCUUUAGAGUAAUAAUUUGCAUUCUAUUUCUCGUGAAAGGCUUGGGUAUGUGUUUUGUGAGCGACAGUUCUAUCUCGAUCCCUGAUAAGCGCAAAGUUAAGCUCAUCAGUAAGAUUGAGUCGUAAUUACAAAAUGUCCCUCACCACUAGCUCCGAUAUGUGGGGUCUAUUGCGUCUCACUUUGAAUUCGAUUGCAUCGACUUCAAAAGUGGCGUGUCCAUGCUGGACUAAAUAAUCAGGGGUUCCACUCUUCGUCCUCGAUGUUUUCUGCAACUUGACAGAUGUCCGACGAGAUAGCCUGACUGCACUGUUGCUGAUGUACUGGAGGUGUCUUCGUGUGGGCUGUCAUUUUGUGAUGCGCGAAGAACGGCUGUGUCGCGUAAGGCCGGGUGUUCGGCUUAGUGGUAUUGACUACCGCAUACCGGGCUCGUCUAGUGUUAUUUUUAGUGUAGUAGCAACAUUUGCAGUCGAUGGAUCUUAAACUAUUAUAAACUGACUCACAGUCACGUGUUCAUGAUUGUGAAGUCAUAGUUUGAAUAGCCCUAGGUGAUAAGAAGCCGUUUGUACAUGUUGAAUUGCGUGAUAUUCCAGCGAAGUAUUUGUGUCUCAUUUGUUUGCAGACGGUUAUUGGUCUGUCGAUGUGUGAUGUUCAGUGGUAUAGGAGUAGGUUGGGAGAAAGGGGCGGCCAGACCAAAACAUGGCACAAGUCCAUGAAGUCACUGACAAGUGGACUGAGUCAUAUUGGUAGGUGUAGACUACCUGGUUGGGGACCACGAGAUGAUAGCAACCGAUGGUUAGAGACCCUGAAUGACAUGGCUCAAAAUCGUUUGCAAGGGCGCAAGUGCACACAAUCUUUUUGUCCUCCUAAAUUUAUUUCACCUUAUUAUACUCCUUAAGUAACAUCUCCAAACCCUAAUGUUUCCGAUUACUGCUUAUACUCUUAUUACCUCUACCACUACGGGAUUCGAAUCGACAACUGCGUCUCUGUGCUAAUGUGGAAUGGCAACUCGAACUGAUGUACGUAAGUAUGAAGUUUUACGUUACUGAUUGGUAUGUGGUCUGAAAUGUUAGCUGGGUAUUAAUGUACUGGCGUGCUCAAUGCUGAUGGUGAGGUUCGUCGUUUAUGGUAGGUCCCACUGCAGUUUGGGCGACCGCAAUUGUCCUUGCACCUUACAUAUAUUUUGUGGCCUUAUUUAUAAACCGGGUAGACAACCGCACUUGCUGGUCGGCCAAAACGUCCCGCCAGCCUUUUGCUGGUAAAUUUGUUUGAGAUACAUCUACGCAUGGUGUUUUCUUUUAACUAAACAUGGCUGUCAUUUUAAUACGCUAUGCGGCAUGUUCACUGAGUGCACUGUACAGAGUUUAUGA